AUGGCAACGCCGCAGCCUCCCUGGGGGCCGCGCGGGACGACGGGGUGGGCGCGCGGGCCCAGACGGGGACUUCGAGGGCGCGGGCAGGGGAAGAGGGAGCGGCAGCGGCAAGCGGGUGGGGAGGGCGGAGGGGCCGGUUUAUUUUUAAAUUCUGCCUCCACUCGCUCUCUCGCGCUCUGGUUCCUCCGAGUUGUUUAUUCCAUUUUCCUCUUCCUGAGACGGCUGUCGCCGCUGCGCGUGCGCGCCGAGACGCGAGGGCUUAUGGGUAGCGGGAGCGCUAGGGGAAGCCUGGCCGGCGUCGGGCCCCCGGGGGCAUCCGCGAGCUAUCGGCAGUUGGACCGGCGGCUCUCGGUGGCGUUCCGGACGCGGAUCUGGCGCCGAAGUUCUCACGAGACCUGAUACCUUCCUUAUUUGUAUAUUCUCUUACUUAAAAAGCCAGACGUCUUUUUUUUUUUCAUUGAAAAGAGAAAAUUGGCAAUGUAAACGGUCGUUUGGAGGGGCCACCUGGGGACGCGGCCCGAGCCCUGGCUCUACCUGAAGAAUAUCUUCUGUUUGCCACACUUCCUCUCCCCGUUUCCUUUCGUCGUCCCUCUCCUCUUUCCCCUUCCCCUCGAAGGUAAUGAGAACUACUGGACCGAUUACGCUAACCACUUGGCCCUUUGUCAAAAAAUGGAGCCAAAAAGGUUGAUUUAGACAGACCCCCUGCUCAGUGCAGCACCUGUUAUUCUCUGUAUUUAUAUUACCAAGGGCCUUCGGUAAAUUAUGAAAAAUAGGAUGCCACCUGGGACAACACUUCCAGCUUAGACAGCACUGGAAGACCUUUAUAAAUAUACUAGGUUGCUCUUCUCCAAUCAGCCUAGCCUUGAUUUGAAAUUCAUUUUUUUUUGAGACGGUGAAAUUCAUUUUUAAAAGAUAGUUUUAACCUCAGCGAUCUCUGAAAAGAUAGUUCUAACCUCAGCUAUCUCUGAUGUUUGCGCUAAUACCCUUUUAAAGGCUAAAUUUUAAAGAAUUGCUAUGAAGGGAAAAGUAACAUUCUAGUUUUUCUCUGUAGAAGAGGUUCACAAACGGCAGAUCGCUGUUAUGAAAAGGAGGGGUGGAAGUAUUUAAGGAAUUGUGGCAAACAAAGUCACAGAAGAAUGGAUAUAAGCAAAAGUAGCACACUGAAAAAAUGGGGAAAAGUGGAGUCUAGAUCACGAACUGGUAAGCUUGGUGAUGUUCUGUAGCCAAAUUCGAAGGUAAUAACAUUGUAUUAUGGCUUUCUGUUUAAAAGCAGUUUCGCUUAUUUGAUUAUUCAACAAAUCUUUAUUAACACGCAUUACGUGUACCAGGAACUGUGGUACACGUAACUGUGGAGCUGGGGAAGCAAAAGUGAACAUGCCGCCUUAACGUGAGUUCAGAUGGCUUAUCUUCCAGUUGGGGAGGCAUCAAGUACACAGGUCCGUUGUAAACCAAUGUCUUAAGUGCUAACCUUAUCACAUUUGCUAUUAGAGGAUAUUAAACGUUACACUUCUUGGAGAAAGUUGAUACUUUCAUGUUCCAAGUUUGGGAACAUCAUUGAAUUCAGACAGAUUUGGAUUGAAACAGAUUAAAGUGCCUACACUUUAA